GUUUCAAAAUAAGGUUAAGUAUAAUGAGACGAAACAUUGGUACAGUCAUUCUGCUGGUUCUGUUGAUAACAUCAUUUGUCUUUUAUUACGUCGCUGUUUCUGUUCAAGAUGACCGCAGGUUGCAGAAGAUACGGGUUCAAAACUCACUUAAGGUACAAGUGAAAAGUGUGUUAAUGGAGGCACAGAAGCAAAUGGGAAAUAACUUCAUUGAGAAUAUGAGUAUGAUCCACACAGAAGAAGAACAAGAGGCGUACAUGCAAGGAUAUAAAUCCCAUGCAUUCAAUCAACUUGUCAGUGAUAGAAUUGGAAUCCAGCCUCGAACAAUACCGGAUACAAGACAACCAGAAUGCAUCGGUGUCAAUGAAGACAUGACGCAACACCAAGUGUCAAUCAUCAUAUGUUAUUAUGGGGAAGCAUUGUCAGUGUUAAUGCGAACCAUCAGCUCAAUAUUUAAGCGAACUCCGCCUUCAUUGUUGAAGGAAAUCAUUGUAGUUGACGACGGAUCAACCGAUAAAGAAACACUAACAGAAAUUGAAAGAUUGGUCGCCAAGUUUUACCUCGAGUCGAAACUACACGGGUUACGUUCGAAGAGUCAACUUGGUUUAAUACGAGCUCGUAUGUUCGGGGCACGAUAUGCUACAGGUGAUGUUCUAAUAUUCCUUGAUUCUCAUUGUGAGGUCAACAAUGGUUGGAUUGAACCUUUGUUGAAUGAAAUCGAUCGAAGUAACAGGACAUCGGUCGUGAGCCCGAUAGUUGACACCAUCAACCCCGAUACGUUCGAAUAUGAAGCCUCACAAUUAAUGAGGGGCGGAUUUAACUGGGGGUUGCAUUUUGCGUGGGAGGCGUUACCAAAGCCAUGGAAGGACCCCACCAUAGCUUACCCCACCCCUACAAUAUCGGGAGGAUUGUUCGCCGUAAACAGAGAUUUCUUCUUCUCGCUGGGGGGAUAUGAUGAAGGCAUGGAGGAAUGGGGAGCCGAGAAUCUCGAAUUAUCGUUCCGAACAUGGAUGUGUGGAGGAGAGAUGAUGAUCGCUCCUUGUUCAAGGGUUGGUCAUGUGUUUAGGAGAAGAAGACCGUAUGGUGGGGGGAAUAAUGCUGCGCUUACUAACUCCGUUCGCUUAGCAAAGGUUUGGCUCGACGGUUUCAUCAAACAUUUCUACUCUGUACGAGCGUACGCGAAGCAAUUGUCGCCCGAUAAUUUAUCUGAAAGAAUAAAGUUAAGAGAGAAGUUGAAUUGUAAAAGUUUUAAAUGGUAUCUAUCUGAGGUUUACCCUGAGCUUGGUAUUCCUGGUACUCGACCUUCAACCAUCAAAUAUGCUUACCCUGUGCAUGAGGUGACCACCAUUGCCCAUGGACAACUUCGGGUGUCGGACCUUAAUAUUUGUUUAAGGGGGGAUGAGAAGAAAGGCUCACCACUGGUGGCAGUAGAGUGCAAGAAAGAUGAACAAGACCUAAUAUGGAGUUUUAACGAUAAAGGUGAAAUAAAGUUUGGUAAGCGAAUGUGCCUGGAUGGCUCUGUGCUGCCUCGUGUGAUGAAAUGUGACGGAGGUCGAGGCUUACAAAGAUGGACCUUCAUAGGCCACAAGGUUGGUGGUAAAGUGGAAGGGAAACUUUAUAAUGUAGCCGUUGGUUUAUGUCUUUCAAUCAACCAAACCGGGAAAACAUUUGAAGCAGUUUUGAAAAUAUGCGACCAGCCAUCUGUGCAAACGUUUGUGUUCAGCAACUAAUAACUUCACUGUGCAAUCACCUACUUAUUGAUUUAUCAUGACUUUAUAUAUGGUUGAGGUCGUGGCACGUUAGGGUAUCUUGGAUUUAGACCACAGUUGGCCCAUUACCCAACCAUCCAGGGUGCUACAGCAUGGACUUUACCAUACAACACCAUACACAUGUUUUAAACAUUUUAUUCCAAGCAGCUUAACUAAUGCAACAUAUAGGUUAACUAUAGCAUAUGCACCUUUUAUUUCCCUUUAAACACAAAUUACAUAUUAAACAGCCUUUAAAUUUAACACAUAGUUUUGGAUAAAAGGCAAUUAUUUGACUGUGAACCCCAUGCAUUACCAAAACUAUUGUGAUUUUUUUUAUAACAAACAGUAUAGGCAACCCCCUUCCCACAUAGAGCACCAGGUUCAAACCCCGGUUCAGGUACAUUAAUAUAGAACUGUGGUCAGACUUAAACUUUAUAGAAUGUUAUUGCAUAUUAACUUUAACAUCAAGUGUAUUUACCUGAUAUGUAAUGAUAGACCUUGUGGCACCAGGUUCAAACCCCUGCCCUGGUACUUGUAUUGAAUUGCACUUUAGCUGUAAAGCAUGUACUACUAACCAGCUGUAGCCAAUGUUUUUCAACUUAGCUACACAACAGACAAAUUACUACACCAGCAUUAAUUGCACAUACUCUGUUAGUCGAUAAUAGAAACACAAAGCCUUUUUGCUUGAUGUGAAAUCAUUAUCGAUUGACAGGUUUAGACGUAAAACUCAAAACAAAGACAUGGGUAUUACAUUCUAACCCACAAAGAGCCUUGAAUAGGCUUAAUGGUGUGGCUGCUUUAUGGUUGAGAAACACUGGCUGUAUUGUAAAGCUGUAAUGUCCCAGGUUCAAGUCCAUGUCUUGUGGUUUACACCUCAUAAUAGGAUGGGUUUUAAUAACAAGAUAAUAACCAUGACUUUAGACCAGUGGUUCUUAAACUAUAAGGUUCACCCACUUAAUUGGCUUACAAGUGCUUUAAACAUUCGGUAAUCGGUUUAGCUAUUUUUAUAUUAAAGUAAUUUUUUUAUUUUAAAAUUGGGUUCUAGUUUUGUUGACAUAGUAAAUUUGGGUGUACCGGAAAGUUUAGGAACUCCUGGUCCAAUAAACAUAUGUAGCCUAUGCUUGCUUAGUUAAUUACUUGCCAUAAAAGCAAUCUUAUAUUUGUUAUAUGUUCCUAAUACUGUAUCACUAAUUACCCAUUGCUACUCAAGUGAUUUCAAUUGAAAGCAUUUAUAAUGUCAGAUAAUCGACCGAUAUGUUUUAACUUGAAAUUAAUACGUUACCUUUCAUAACUUGAUUAUAACUGUGCAGUUCUGAUUUCGCAAAUAUUUCACUGCAGUUUAUUUUGUUAUUCUUCAUUUUAGCAUCAUUUUUUUUCAAAAUUUUUUAAGUCUUAUUUUUGAACAUUUUUGUUAACUGUCAUAAAUGCUUAAAAUGGCAUCUAACAAAGUGCAACGGCAGGGCUGAAUUUGUAAGACCAGAGCUUCUGUAACUAUAAGUUAAUUCCAAAGUAAAUUAGUUUAUUGCAAAAAUAUUUGCAAAUACCGAACCAUUCCUUGAAACUUGUAAUAUUUAUUAAGCUUUUAAAACGUUGUUUUGGUUGAAAUCCAGUCCUGUCUGUUGCGAACGGAUUUUAUAUUCAAGUGAUUUUUAUCGUACACACAUUUUGUGCACAAGAUUUUAUUUUACAAACGUUGUAACAUUUAUCAAAAAUGCAAAUGAAGAUUUUUUGCAAAAUACUAAAAAUAUGAAAUAGCACCAACCAAAUACACAGUGGGAUCAUCAACACUUUUGCUGUUUAAACACAAUUCAGUGAAUUACUUUGAUAAACGACACCGAUAUAUUU